AUGCGUCUACCAGCCUCCUGCGACCUCUCUGCUCUGCUCACCCACCUCAUCGCCCACCUGGGCUGCCACCCUGCCAUCAAUCCUGCGCUCAACUCGUCCCUGCCUGGGAAUGCGGUGCAGAAGAGGGCAUCGACAGUGGAUGAUGCUGAGGACAUGGUGGGAGCAGGCGGCAUGGCUGUGUAUGCAUGGGACAGAAAAAGGCAUCGACAGUGGAUGAUGCUGGGGACAUGGUGGGAGCAGGCGGCAUGGCUGUGUAUGCAUGGGACAGAUGGUGCUCAUGCCCCUGCUCCCCACGCGCACCUGCCCUUAACGCCCCGAUCCAUUCUCCCCCUUCCCCUCCCCACUGACCACCCCAUGGCUUCCUUGCCCCGUUUCCCCCUGGCCUCUCAGCCCUGUGGCACGCCAGAUGGUGCUGAUGCCCUGCUCCCCACGCGCACCUGCCUCCCCGUGGCACGGCAGAUGGUGCUGAUGCCUCUGCUCCCCCACGCGCACCUGCCGGCCCCUAUCCACCAUCCCAUGGUGCUGAUGCCUCUGCUCCCCCAUGCGCACCUGCCAGCUCAAGCACACGCGCGCACAGACGCUAAGGAGCCUGAGCAGGGUGAAAGUGAGGCACGGAUUCAAGUGGAGUCUCAGGUGGAUCUUCAGGUGGAACCAACAGAGCCGGUGGUGGUGGCUGGUGGGGGCGCUGUGAAGGUGCUGCUGUUCGAACCCCUCGUGGGGCUUGGCACUCCUGAGGUCGAGUUUCUCAAGCCAGGCGCAUUCACAUCCGCAGAGCUUGACAUCAUCGUCAGCACCGUCCAAUCAGCAAUCGACAGCUCAUCUCCCUUUCUCCUCUCCCUAUUUUCCUUCUCAGGAGGUCGAGUUUCUCAAGCCAGGCGCAUUCACACCCGCAGAGCUUGA